AUGAGCUACGCACUCCAUCGAGGGCUUGAUUCAUAUGAGGGAACCUCUGGGUGCAACGGUGCCGAAGGUUUUUUUUCAAUCCUAGAGGGUGAGCCCCUAUGCUACUCUCAGCAGAAUACAGUCUUCUCCAUCCCUAGCAACGAUGGAGGCAACCAAGAUGAAUCUAGGCAGGCACAAGUUCCACCAAGCUUAGCAAGACAACCUCAGCACGGCUUGAGUGCCGAAUCACCCUCACUCAGCUGCCCCUUCUACAAAUAUGCUCCAAUGAGACACUGGCGAUGUUACCGCAAAUAUACAUUCAAACGCGCCUCUGACGUUAAGUUUCAUAUUCAGCGAGUGCAUCUAGUAGGCGAGCACUACUGCGUCAUUUGCUUCAAAGAAUUCGACAAUGCGCAGCAAUUGCAAGACCAUAACCACAUUCCCGACUUUUGCUGCCUACCCCUGCAAGGGCCAGAGCGCCUUUUUCAAGAGACGUUCGACGAGCUUGCGCGAGCGAUGGCCCAUGUACGUGGAUCGAGUGACGCCGAUAAGUGGUAUGUGAUGUAUAGACACAUCUUCCCCAACGCCUCUGUCCCUACGUCCCCGUACGUGAGCUUGACUUUCGACGAGCCGUUGGCGAUCAUGCGUGAACAUGCAUUAUACCACGAGCGGCUGUACGGUGGCUUGAUGGCAGAACUACGUCGACAUGGCAUUCCACUCGGAGGCAUUCAUCUCCCUUCUCUGCAAGAUGGCCUGAUCAACGCGGCGCUGCCCAUGUUGGCAAAUAUGGUAACGCCUUCACCAUACGAGCGACCAGUUCCUAUCACCCGCACGACUUGGUAUGACGACAACCUCGGAGCCUUAUAA